UCCCCGUCCGUUACCCGGAUUACUGUACGGUAAUUGACAAGACGAGUUCAGCAAUGACGGCAUUCACUGCUUAGUCUUCAUCAAUCGUCAUCCGGAAUUGUCAUUCUUUUAUCGACGACCGUCGCACGUCGCCCCACGAAAACACCUUUGCUCGACGACACGGAGGAAUAAAACUAAUAAUCAAAUAUGGCUGAAAAUGAACCCAUUCGUGUAGUUGUAACUGGUGCUGCUGGUCAAAUUGCCUACUCUUUGAUUUCCAUGAUAUCUAAUGGUGAUGUAUUUGGAACCAAACAACCAGUUAUUUUACACUUGUUAGAUAUUCCUCCAGCAAUGGGAGUUCUUGAAGGUGUAUGCAUGGAAAUUGAUGAUCUAGCUUUACCUCUAGUCAAAGGCUAUGUGAAAACAACUGAUCCAGCAGAAGCAUUUAAAGAUGUUGAUGCCGCUUUCUUAGUAGGUGCAAUGCCCAGGAGAGAAGGUAUGGAAAGAAAAGAUUUGCUCUCUGCUAAUGUAAAGAUUUUCAAAGUACAAGGUGAAGCUUUGGACAAACAUGCAAAGAAAGACGUUAAGGUUUUAGUGGUUGGAAAUCCAGCAAACACUAAUGCUUUAAUAUGUUCUUUCUAUGCUCCUUCCAUACCUAAAGAAAAUUUUACUGCUAUGACUAGACUUGAUCAAAAUAGAGCUCAAUCUGCCAUUGCUAAACGUCUUGAAGUAUGUGUAAGUAAUGUGAAAAAUGUAACUAUAUGGGGUAAUCACUCAUCCACUCAAUUUCCUGAUGUUUUCAAUGCAUCAGUUCAAUCAUCUGGAAAAUCAACUAGUGUAUAUGAUUGCAUAAAUAAUUCACAAUGGCUUGAAGGUGAAUUUAUCAAGACUAUUCAAACUAGAGGAGCUGCUGUAAUUCAAGCUAGGAAGAUGUCAUCUGCUAUGUCUGCUGCCAAAGCAGCUGUUGAUCACAUGCGUGAUUGGUGGUCGGGAACAUCUGAUGGCACUUGGGUUUCAAUGGGAGUUAUCUCUGAUGGUUCAUACGGUGUACCAAAAGGAUUGAUCUACUCUAUGCCAGUAUCUAUUUCAAAUAAGCAAUGGAAGAUUGUGGAGGGUUUGAAAAUAACCGACUUUGCGAAGACCAAAUUGGACUUGACAGCUAAAGAACUUCUUGAAGAAAAAGAAGAAGCCAUGGCUGUUUGUAAUGCUUGACAUGUGUCACCCCCAACCGACUGUAAGCUCUGAAUUUACUGUUGUAUUCCGGGCCCGAUUUUUUCUUUAUUAGUGAUUAAAUACGAGGUUUGGGGGUUAUCCCAGUCUCGAGAUUGUCAUUCAUCAGUCUCAUCUGAAGAUCUUUAAUGCUAUAUUCAUUCCGAAAAUUAUAUGCAUUUUUUAGUGUA